AAAAUCAAUUCAGCUGCAAUGACAUCCUUCACGACAUCUUCUUCUUCUUCCUCGCUCAUCCCCAAAACCCUACAUACCGUAAGCCAAAUUACACGCUUCCCUACAAUCUCCAGCAUCCGCCUUGUCGGGAAAUGGAAUCAUCCUCUGAUCCGGAGCAUCUCCACCGCCGAGUCUUGCCGUCGGGUGGCGAUUGUCAAGGCUGCGACUGUGAAUUCGGAUUACUCGUAGUAAUGAGCAGAGGGAAAGAUAGUCAUUACACCGAGAAAGACGCGGCCAUUGUAAGAUACAAAACCAGAGGUUGGCCGCUGGUCUUUAACCGCCACGGUGCCACUGCUCUGAUUUUGGGAAGCAAGCGCGGUGGAGAGCUGACGGGUGUGGACAUGCUUCUGCUAAGGAUGAAAAUAAGUGUAGAACCGACA